AAGGCUAGUAGAGCCGUCCAGCAUGCUAAGUGACUUCAAAGAAGAAACUGUCCCGCUGUCCGCAUCACCGCAGUCUUCUCAAAAGCAGUCCUCGUACACAAUGUGGUUGAGUGAGGGAAAGAUGAGUGUCAUUCGUCUUCUAGUAAUCUUACUUUUGGAGCAAGCGGCUCUGUCUGUUGUCAUUGGUACCGUUCGUUAUUAUGCCGUCGAGCAUCUCGGUCUGGCAUCAUCUUCGGCAUGGAUUAUCCCCAAAGUCAUUAUUGGAUCGUUCUGUCUACUUUCACCUCUCUUCGGAUGGCUGGCCGAUCGUAAGAUAGGAUAUUACCACACGUUGCUAGCAUCCUUAUCGUUGGCUAUGCUGGGUUCAGGAUUCAUAUGUUAUGCUGUCGGACAAUCGUCGGGUACUCGAAAAAUCAACUUAGCUUGGAGAGCUGCCUAUGGAAUCGGUCUCACUUGCAGCACUAUUGGUACAGCAGCUACGAGAGCUACUCUCAUUCCAUACACACUGGAGCAACUGAGUGACGGUACUGCUACUCACCGCACCAUAGCUGGUCUAGUCAGCGCAAGUUUCAUGGUGGGAAUAUCGGGGCCUGUAAUAAUCAGUAUAAUCACACAUUUCCUACGAACAACAGGUCAAUGGGGCUAUCUUUGGGUAUCCAUCAUCUCUCCUACGUCACUACUACUGUCUCUCUUCCUUCUAAUUGCUUGGAAAACGAAAUACAGAUCUCACAAACCGCCUACACAGAUACAGUCCAUUCCAAGUCUUUUCAGCAUUCUAGCAACAGGAUGUGGAUGUUACACCUCAUCCGACCCACCCUACUAUGAUAGACAAGAAUUACCAAUCAAAAUCUAA